AUGAGUCCACAGUCAAACAUUGAAUACUGUGAAACUCAAAUACAGCAGCUGCACAUAAGCACUGAAGCGGCCAUUCGAACAGCCGAUAGGGCUGCGAUCAGUCAAUGUCGAACGCGGCUGACCCACUAUCGCGACAGAUUACGUUUGAUCAAUCCUCCGAUCGAAUUGAGAGAAUUGCAUGGAAUGUUAACCAUGCACGUAACUGUUUUACUCAACAAAGUGAAUGGUACUAGUGUAGUGAGUAGUGUGCAACGCGGUGAGAUCGAGGUGAAUCAUACUAGUUCAACGGGUGCCAUAAGAAGAACCAACAACGAAGAGGAAGGAGCAGUCGGUGGAAUGGCGGAUGCCACGAUUCCAGUGGGAAACAAUUCAAAUCAAGAAUCCACACCACCGCCAGCAUCACAGCCGCCUCUGAUGACGUCAUUCUCUGGUGGACAGGGACGAGGAUUGCUGUUUUCGAGUUCGUUUCGAGCGCGAGACAACGAAGAUGGAGGUGAAACACAGCCUAGACAACGGAACACCUCACCACCGCCUCCCUACCUUCCACGGGAGCGAGAAACAUGGAACCGGACAGCUCGAGAAACACAAUCACGAGAAGUUAACGAGCUGCAAUCGAGAAUAGUGGAGAUGCAGGAAAGAGAGCAGCGGAUGCACGAAGAAUACUGUCGAAUGCGGGACGAUCUGGAGCGGCUAGUGCGUCGAGAACGACCAGCGCCGGAACGAGUGGAUGAUCGACGGAUUCAGAAGGCCGUGCACAACUGGCCUUUCAAGUUUCGCGGCGAGAAGGACACUACAUCACUCAACGUGUUCCUAGAUCGCGUGGAAACAUUCGCGAGGUCGGAAGGCAUGAGCGACGCCACACUCCUGAGUUCGAUCAAGCAUCUACUCCAGGAGGACGCAAUCGACUGGUACUCACGAGCAACGUCGCAGAACCUGUUGCGGACUUGGGACCAGUUCAAGCGGGAGAUCAGAAGGGAAUUCCUGCCGAGCGGAUACUCCCAAAUUCUGCGUCUGGAAGCCAGCUUUCGAUUUCAAGGAAGGGAGGAAUCCUUUGCGAAGUUCUACCGAGAUAUCUCAGCGCUUUUCCGCUUUGUCGAUCCACCAAUUCCAGACGACGAAAAGUUCUUUCUGGUGAAGAAGAACAUGAACGAGAACUACGCAGCCAUCGUCACAGCAGCGAGGCCUCGUUCACUGGAAGAAAUGGUGGAAGUCUGCACCGGAUACGACGAGACGAGGAUGCUUCUGAACAGGCAGCGCAGGAUUCCCAUUCCGCACAGCGCGCUUCUGGAACCGAACUUCGCUACGCCAGUAGUAACCAGCAGACCACCACCGGUUCAGCAUCACCAACAGUCACAGCGGUUCAACAGAGUUCACGCCGUGGAGGUGGAAGAAGGCGCAUUCGAGCACGAAGCAGCGGAGGUAGGACCAGAAGACAAUUGGCAGCACAACAUCGACGAACUGAUGGAGCAAGUCAACGCGUUGAAGUUGAACAUUGAGCGGAGAUCUGCGAGACCAAGCUUUGCCGCACGCGACGAAAGGCAGCCAAGGCCAACGGAUAGGUACAACCGGACAGAGGCUGACGUCCUGCGAGUAGCGCGGCAGUACACAAGAGAUGCGCAAACCGCGGCACAGCAGCAGCGGCCGCAAACCGCAUCAUACCAGACUCGGCUACCACAACAACAGCAAGAACAGCCGCUAAGAGCACAGGGCUGGCAAGCACGACAGUGGAUGCCAAGCUCGGAUCAGAGCGACAAUAACCAAAGAAGUCAACGAAGAAGCUCCGAACGGCCAACGAAUAGCAAUGCUUUGCUGGAACUGCGACGAGGAGGGUCACAGGUUCAUGGACUGUCCGAAGCCGCAAGCCAUCCUAUUCUGCUACCGUUGUGGAAGGAAAGGCUACUCGUUGCGCAGUUGCUUCACGUGCCGCAUGGACGCGGUAAACUACCAAGCGGAGAACCAGCAGUAGAGGGGAGCAGCUCUCCGCAAAAUCUCGGAGACCCCUCCGAUAUCCCGGAAUUUCAAAACCUCAACUCGAUCAUUAUCAACCCCGGAAGUGACAAUCGACCACACGCCGUCAUAUCAGUGCUGGGCAAGGAGUUAACAGCUUUGCUGGAUAGCGGAGCAAACUGCUCCCUACUAGGAGGAAAAAGAGUCGAGCUGGCGGAAGACUGCGGUUUGCAGAAAGGAAACGUCAGCGGCGGAAUAAAAACGGCGGACGGCACAAGACACAACAUUUCGCAUUUCGUCUAUCUCCCAAUAGUGUAUAACAACCGCAACGAAGUUCUUCCAGUGCUUUUGGUACCUUCGAUUCCAGACUGCGUCAUCCUAGGAAUGAACUUCUGGGAAAAGUUUGGCGUCAAAGCGGUGUGUUGCACACUAGAAGCGAAGCAGGAAGACCAGAUCAGCGAAGACCACGAGAUGAAGCAGCUCAAUCCCGAACAACAACGGCGCCUAGAGCAGGCGAUCCAUAAGUUUCCGAAAGCGGUAGAGGGAAGACUAGGACGGACGAAGCUGUACGAGCAUCGAAUCGAUGUGGGGAAUGCACCGCCCCGUAAACAACGGCAUUACCCUAUGUCGCCGUAUGUUCUACAGGAGGUCAACAAGGAGAUCGACCGGAUGAUAGCGCUGGACGUCAUUGAGGAGGCGCAGUUCUCGCCAUGGAACAAUCCGCUGGUCGCCGUCAAGAAGAAAACUGGGCAGUAUCGCGUCUGUCUGGACGCGCGGCACCUCAACUCCAUCAUGGUGAACGAGGGCUAUCCGAUACCCCAGAUUGCAGCGAUCACCAACAACCUCCGAAGCAGCAAAUACAUUUCUUCGAUCGAUCUCAAGGAUGCCUUCUGGCAGCUACCACUUCAUCCAGGUUCGAGACAACUGACAGCCUUCACCGUUCCAUCCAGAGGCCACUUCCAAUUCAAGGUGGUGCCUUUCGGGCUGUGUACGGCAAGUCAAGCCCUAGCGAGACUUAUGACCCACCUAUUCGCCGAUCUAGAACCGCUGGUAUUCCAUUACCUAGACGACAUCAUCAUCUGUUCCGAGACAUUCGAAGAGCAUAUCGCUCUGCUCGAAGAAGUAGCCCGCCGGCUACGCCAAGCGAAUCUCACGAUUUCAUCGGAGAAGUCCAAGUUCUGCCGGAAGAGCAUGAAGUACCUAGGCUACGUGAUCGACGAGCAAGGUUGGCGAGUAGACGACGAGAAGAUCCAAGCGAUCGUACAAUUCCCGACUCCAACAACGCGCAAAGAAGUGCAGCGAUUUCUCGGUGUUUGCAACUGGUACCGACGCUUCAUCGCUGGUUUCUCGCAGCUAGCAGCUCCGCUAACAAACUUGACGUCAGGGAAGACCAAGUUCCGUUGGAAUCCGAUAGCUGAAGAAGCGUUCCUAAAGCUGAAAGCAGCUCUGGUUUCGGCACCGGUACUGGCGAUGCCGGACUACAGCAAACCGUUCGCCAUAGCGUGCGAUGCCAGCGACACAGCAAUCGGAGCAGUGCUAACGCAGGAGAUCAACGGCGAGGAACAUCCCAUCAGCUACUUCUCGCAGAAGUUGUCAGCGUCGGAGAGAAAGUACUCGGUCACGGAGCGGGAGUGCCUCGCAGUGAUCCGAGCGAUCGAGAAGUUUAGAGGCUACGUAGAAGGAAUCCGGUUCAUUGUCCACUGUGACCAUGCAGCACUCAGCUACCUGAAGUCGAUGAAGAACCCGACGGCUUUGAUGAGCCGGUGGCUGUUGCGUCUGAACGCGUUUGAUUUCGAGAUCCGGUACAGGAAGGGUUCCAUCAACGUUGUUCCAGAUGCUCUCUCGAGGACGGUGACAGAAGCAGUCUUCACGGUAGACCAAGUCCUGGAUCCGUGGUACAGGAAGCUGGUGGACAGAGUAAAGAGCGAAGGAGAUAAGUUCCCGGACUUCCGCAUAGCAAACGACACGCUAUUCAAGAACUGCCGUUGCAAGGACGAAGUGGGAGCAGUUUACCACAAGUGGAAGCAAGUCGUUCCGAAAGAAGAGAGGUUCCAGCUAAUCCGAAGAUUCCACGACGAACCGGCAGCAGCGCAUCUUGGUUUCUACAAGACCUGGCACAAGCUACAAGCCCACUACUACUGGCCACAGAUGCAACAGGAGAUUCACGAUUACGUUAUGAACUGUUCGACCUGCAAAGCGUGCAAGGCACCGGGGAAAAGAAUGAUGCCACAAAUGGGAAACCCGAAGCCGGCGAAGACUCCUUGGGAGAUGAUAUCGGUAGACUUUGUCGGUCCGCUCACACGUUCAAAACGAGGAAACACAGUGCUGUUGGUAGUAGUCGACUGGGUCAGCAAAUACGUAAUUGUCAAGCCGAUGCGCGCAGCAGAUUCGCAGAAGAUGGUGGAGUUCCUGGAAGAAGAAGUUUGCCUGAAGUUCUCUCGGCCACGGCUAAUACUGUCCGAUAACGGGAAGCAGUUCGAAUCGAUGGUGUUCAAGUCCUGGCUAGCGAAACACAAGAUAGGCCACAUGAAGACAGCGUUCUACUGUCCGCAGGUCAAUAACGCCGAACGCGUCAACCGCGUCGUAGUAACCUGCAUCCGGGCAUUGUUGGACGGCGAUCAUAGAGAGUGGGACGAAAAGCUACCGGCGAUCACGGCGGCUAUAAACGCUGCUCGGCACGAAGCGACGGGCGUCAGUCCACACGAAGCCAACUUUGGACGAAACCUGUUGUUGCACACGGAUCUAUACACGCAGCAGGAGCUCAACACGCCAGAAGACCCGAAGGUAGCGCAGGAUCUGCGACUCUCUGCGAUUCGUCGAAUCCAAAAGCUUAUCAUCGAGCGUAUUAAGAACAACCACCAGCGGGCGAAGCAGCGAUACAACCUUCGCACAAGAUCAGUAGCGUUCAAAGUCGGAGACCUAGUUUGGCGGCGAUCGUUCGUACUCUCCUCGAAGGCGGACCAAAUAAACAGCAAGCUCGAGCCGAAAUUCGUUCCGGCCAUCGUCAAGGAGAUCAUCGGGACGAACCUGUACGUGUUGGAGGAUGUUCUGAGCGGCAAGAAGGGGAGGUUCCACGCGAAGGACAUCAAGGCAGACUAAGCGAAAAUGUGCAAGCUAUGAAAACAGGCAGUGCCUGUCAACGAAGAAGCGAACGCUGAAGAAAACACCACAAUUGGGCAUCAUUACAGCGAACAGGAGGGCAGACAAGUUCCAACCGGAUUCUGCACUUCUGUAACACCGAUUUGACGACUACAUCUACUGGAAUCUUCGUUACUAGCAGCGAGAUUCCGGGCUGUUCAAGCUAUGUACACAGGCGGUGCCUGUCAACCACGAAGCAGUCAAGCUAGCCGAAACACCAAUCACGGGGAGAUUUGAUCACGAGAGCUGAAGGUGAGAAGCCGUCGCAAUACUGCUCCACCACAGCAACACCGAUUGUGAGUCGACAGCAAGGAUUUCCGUACAUCCGUACGAGGUUCCACAAUGUUAAAGCUAUGUCCGCAGGCAAUGCCUGUCAACCAUGAGUACCACGCUCCAAAAAUACGUAACAAACCGGAAAAUGGUAGAAAGUCAGGUGUGAUGAGCAAUAACUUCUUUACGACUACCUCUCCACCUCGACAAAACAGCCAGCUUUCUAGUAGACCACGAUCUUGAACGAUUUGCGAUUCCAUCACCCGAUCCGUCAGAAGGCCGAGCAAGUAGGAGAAUCAACAUGCGGUACCCAAACACUUCCAUCGCGCCAGGAGGUGUACCGUGAGCCGUUCGCCAAGCGAGAGAAAUGGCACCCUGUGAUUCUGGAAACGGGACGCAGGUUUCUCGUCAAGGCACCAGAUGUAUUCUCUGAUAGGAGGAGUGGAGACCCGGAGAUCGACGACCAAACAUCGGUUCGGCGCGGAGUCGAAGCUUACGGCCACUAUCAGGCGCAGGGAGACAGCAACUGGAGAGCUUUGGGAGAGCAGGAGGAUGUAGCAAGAAGCCUACAGCGGGCGCGGGAAAUUGGAACCCUGAAAACCAUCGUGAGUAGGGAGGCUCCAAAUACCAGGACAAAGACACGCCAAACACCAGGACGAAUCGACAGCCUACUGAAGGCGAGGAAGACUGGGACCCUGAAAACAGCAGUGAGUAGGGAGGCUCCAGAUAUCAUGUCAAAGAGCGCCGCAACCAUCAGCCUACAGCGGGCAAGGGAGACUGGGACCCUGAAAACAGUAGUGAGUAGGGAGGCUCCAGAUACCAGUACAGAGAGCACAGCAGUCAUCAGCCUACAGCGGGCGUGGGAGACUGGGACCCUGAAAACAGUAGUGAGUAGGGAGGCUCCAGAUACCAGUACAGAGAGCACAGCAGUCAUCAGCCUACAGCGGGCGAGGGAGAUUGGGACCCUGAAAACAGCAGUGAGUAGGGAGGCUCCAAACACCACUACGAACAACCCAGCGAAUCGACAGACUACAAAGAGCGAUCAACAUGCGGUACCUAAACACUUCCAUCGCGCCAGGAGGUGUACCGUGAGCCGUUCGCCAAUCGAGAGAAAUGGCAACCCGGUGAUUCUGGAAACGGGACACAGGGAUCUCGUCAACGCACCAGAUGUAUUCUCUGAUAGGAGGAGUGGAGACCCGGAGAUCGACGACCAAACAUCGGUUCGGCGCGGAGUCGAAGCUUACGGCCACUAUCAGGCGCAGUGAGACAGCAACUGGAGGGCAUUGAGAGAGCAGAAGGACGUAGCAGGCAGCCUACGGCGGGCGAGGGAGAUUGGGACCCUGAAAACAGCAGUGAGUAGGGAGGCUCCAAAUACCAGGACGAAGAUGCGCAGCAACCAACAGCCUACAGCGGGCGAGGGAGACUGGGACCCUGAAAACCGUCGUGAGUAGGGAGGCUCCAGAUACCAAACGAUCCUGACAACGAGUGAAGCGCAACAACACCCCGAGGAGCCCUCACACCGAAACACACCAAAUGGUCAUGCCGUUAGCCGAUCGAGACAAAUCGAGCCCACCAUCAAGAAUUCGACCAUCCUCACUACACAGAGCUAUGAGUGGCACCACUACGAAGGAAGAGAACACGAUCUCGGCAAUCCAAGCACAUCCACGACUGGAUGGUGCACACGAACCCUCAAGUGUUUCCAGUCAAUUCGAAUGCGUGGCCAAGGGUUAAAGAUCUGGGGGUCGUCAUGAAAUCUUCAUCCCAAAAGUAACGCGACCAGGGGCGCGGUAAAACCCUAUUUCCCGGGCUCAUGACGAUUUAGAUUAGUAAAUGUUUCUUUUCUCAGAACAUGCACAAACCAAAACAAACCAAUUUUGUCCUUGUAGAUAGUCUGUAAAUAUAGCUUCUUAAUGUUUUGUGUGCGAUUAAGCCUAUUUUAGUCAAUACAAUAGGCUAGAAUCCGAUUUGAAUGUUUUGCCGUAGGAUUCGUGGAAGCUGGACAAGGACAUUGGUCAGAGACGAUUUGAGAGGUCGAAGAUUUUGCCAGGCGCAGCUGGCGUGAAGUUUAGUUUAGCAUUAAGAUUAUGCAGUUUGGAGGAUAGAGAAGAUUUGGCAAGCGACCAAGGCUUGCGUAUGAGUUUGGGUUUAGUUGAGGAAAAGAUGUAACUUGAGGUCUGCUCAAGAGUUAGGCUGACCGACUUGUCUCUGACCAUCAUCCUAGGAGGAUGAGUUAGGAUUUUGUGAAUUUUUCAUAAAUCGUUUGAUCACCGAUUUAUGAAAAAUUCUUCCGCUACGGUAGAGUUGUGUUACGUUUAAAUUCGUUGAUGUGUAGAACAAAUCUAGAAUAAAUAAUUUGCCUAUACAAAAUUCCCUCUGAAAUGACAUUCAGAGCGCACCACACUCGCUACCAUUGAAACACCCCUCACGCUAGUCCGACAAACAAUAAAUCCGACAACAGCUAUGCGAGAAACGCUGUCACAAACACCACCGCAGCGCAAGUGUCUGACGACUGGAAGGAAGAACGACGACCGUUUUCACUGACCAGCCCAUCAAUCAUUCGUUUCCAGCCGCCAUCGCGAAAGGUUAGCAAAAGAUCGCGAGUGAAAUCUUGCUCCUGGUUCGUAGUGCUAAGUGCGAAAACCGAGGGAAAAACCCCUGCAGUGAGAAAAACGUGGUUUCCCCAGCACAGAACGCUGUAGUGUCGGAAGAUUUCUCCGCUUCAGGGCACGAAAGCCGCCCAUCAAUCCCGGACGUCACACCACGAGGGAAAUACGACCGAGGAAGAUCCGGGUGAAACCGCAUGGUGAGCCAACACGGCGCGGGAGGCCAACGACUGUGCCCGGUGAGUAGUAAGCAGACUCGAAACACACACAUCCCAGUGCUAAUUUUAGUGAUUCGUGAUAGGCAAAUCAAAAAUCAGUUUCGGACGUUCUACGACGUUCCGGACGUCGCACGACAGUUCCGGUGAGGUGCGCAAGCUUCCGCCUGGUCCAGGGACGAAGAACACGCUUCCGGGUGAGUUUCACAUUCUGCGGAGUGAAAGAGCGGCAGAGAACUAACCUCAAUCUCUUGCAAGUAGGCGAUUUUCUCCUGAGUCCACGACGUGCACGCAAACAGCGCGAUUGGCAUCGGCGAUUAGUAUCCGUGAAGAACACAAGCAGAAUCCAUUGGUGGCGCAAAAACCGGAUCGACAGCACGUGCAUCGAACGCAUCGUGGCCGACGGACCCGAGCACAACGGGGACGCAAGCGAGGGAGGCCUCACCUACGAUUCAGCAACCAAGGAUCGAUUGAAAAACCCCUGUAUAGGGUAAGAGACCGCAACCUAGACACAUGUGACCAAAAUCCUAAUCGAUUGCUCGAUAGGGUUUUUCUAUUUUUGCAGUUUUCAUUCCCAAGACGUGCUGGACGAGCGGAGCGCGGUCGCCAGAGGUGCUCAACCGCGACGGAACACGAACGGCGAAUCGUAAACGAACAUCUGAAGCAAAUUCCGAUUCAUGGGUCAGUUACCGUGGAACGGUGACUCGGAUAACCCCACGAUGAAGGGGGCUCGGUCGGAGCCAAUAGCGCGGCUCAAGAUAGCGUUGUCGACGGGUUUCGCAGCGAUGUUGUGGUAGCUUCGGUACCGUGAGUACCCUAAGUUAAGAUCAAAAUUGUAUGGGUAGAUAACAAAGCUAGCUAGUUAGGGAGAAUAGGGGAGAAGGGGACAAAAUGAGCCUCAAAUAUAUGUAAUUAAAACGUAACUUAUGAUUUGUGAUU